CCGCGCUCAUCGUCAUCACCAUCACUCCCUCUAUAAUCUCAAUCUCUGAAUGUUUUUCAGUUUCAGAUAAUCUCAAUCGAUCGAAGGAUUUUAAUAUUUGAAUAUUUUUUUGUUUGUGUGUGUAUAUAUAUGCACAAAAAUAUACAUACACAUAUAGCAUGAUGAGUGGGGAGCUAGCUUCGAACACCCAUGGGAAUCUGGACGAGCAGAUUUCACAGCUCAUGCAGUGCAAACCCUUAACCGAACCCGAGGUUAGGACAUUAUGUGACAAGGCGAAAGAGAUAUUGAUGGAUGAAAGCAAUGUUCAGCCAGUAAAAAGUCCUGUGACUAUCUGUGGUGACAUUCAUGGGCAAUUCCAUGAUCUUGCUGAACUUUUUCGUAUUGGAGGAAAGUGCCCGGAUACAAAUUACUUGUUUAUGGGGGAUUACGUGGAUCGAGGGUAUUAUUCUGUUGAAACUGUCACGCUCUUGGUGGCUCUGAAAGUACGGUAUCCUCAGCGAAUUACAAUUUUAAGAGGGAAUCAUGAAAGUCGGCAGAUUACUCAAGUCUAUGGGUUUUAUGAUGAAUGCCUUCGGAAGUAUGGCAAUGCUAACGUUUGGAAGACUUUUACAGAUUUGUUCGAUUAUUUCCCAUUAACUGCAUUGGUUGAAUCAGAAAUAUUUUGCCUUCAUGGUGGGUUGUCACCUUCUAUCGAAACCCUUGAUAAUAUAAGAAAUUUUGAUCGUGUUCAAGAGGUUCCACAUGAGGGUCCUAUGUGUGAUCUUUUAUGGUCCGACCCAGAUGAUCGUUGUGGUUGGGGCAUCUCACCCCGUGGAGCUGGUUACACCUUUGGCCAAGAUAUCUCUGAGCAAUUUAACCAUACCAACAACCUAAAGCUUAUUGCUCGAGCUCAUCAACUUGUCAUGGAGGGAUUCAACUGGGGACAUGAUCAAAAGGUCGUCACCAUCUUUAGUGCGCCAAAUUAUUGUUAUAGGUGUGGGAAUAUGGCUUCUAUCUUGGAGGUCGAUGAUUGCAAGGGCCACACUUUCAUUCAGUUUGAACCUGCACCGAGGAGAGGCGAACCUGAUGUAACAAGAAGGACGCCCGAUUAUUUCCUGUAAGGUUGAGUAGCCGCUAAUGCUUUGUCGGCGUGAAGGGUGUUUUGACAUGAUGGAAAGUUGUUAAAUGGAUAGAAGGAAGGUAAGAGAAGUGGUUGUGUUCUUGAUUUGAAGUGAUAUUACGGUCGUAUCUAACCUAGGAAGGAAAUGGAUUAUGCUUUUGAGUGUGUAAUCUAUGAUUAUUUCGUUUGUAGGUUCUUGUGUGUAUGUAUAUCGACCGAUGACCGAUCUCACCUUGUUCUGGUUUUGUAUUCUUUGUAUGGGCUGGUUGCAUGGAUGAAGUGAUGGUAGUAAUAUGCAUAUGCAAAGUCAAUGAUUCCUAAUGCCUGGUUUGUUGUUGUAAAGGAUGACGUAACAUUAUGGAUGUUGGGUUCAGGUUGUCU